AUGUCGAACCUUGACUCGUUCGUGUGCUCGUCAAAGCCAGUCCCGAAAAGUCUCGCCACCUCGCAAGAGAUCAGGGAUCGCGGCUCUACCUUUGUGGCUAACGUCUUCGCUGCCAAUUCACCCCAAGAAGCCCGUGCAGCCGUAGCGUACCUCAGAAACGUCAUCCACGGCCAGCAUCGUGCAUCGCACGAGGUAGCUGCAUGGCGGUGCAUGGUGCUGAAGGCGGGCAAGAGUGGACUGGGAGGACCGAAUGAUUUCGAGCUUCAAACCGGCUGCGAAGACGACGGGGAGAAAUACGCAGACGGCAGGGUCCUGAAAGUGAUGCAGGAGGAAAGUGUGAUUGACGCGGUCGUCGUCGUGAGUAGAUGGUAUGGAGGCAUCAUGCUCGGGCCUGCUCGAUUCGCACAUUUUGAGUCUUGUGCGAGGGAGGUCUGCCGGACCUUCCGGCUGCAGGAUGAUGUCGAGACAUGCAUCGCGACGCUCUCCUCCCUGGAUGACAUACUUGGAUCCCUCCGUGACGAACUCGCGAAGCUCUUGUCAAGCGAUACACCGACCACUGAAAGCAGUACCACCAAUGAUCGCCCGAUACCAAAGAACCCCCCAGACUACACUGCACUGCGAGAGACUUUGGAUAUCAAGAAAGCCAAGCGAUUGGUGACGGCAAGAGAGAAUGCUAUCAAAAGCGUGAAGGCUGCGCUGAGAAAAGCGAAGGAGAAGCACAACUAG